AGUCCUUUGUUUCUCUGGAGUCUGCGGCUUGGAGUUUGCGGUGACGCGAGUUCCUCCACUCCGGCAGGGGGCGCGGUCACGGUGCUGCGAACAGGUUGCGUGUGGGGAGCUCUUGUUCCGCCUUGUCAGCCUGCCGCCUCCCUCCGCGUGGGUUGGCGGGAGCAGCUGCAGUUCGGCCGCCCAGGACCUGCCGGCCGAUGGGGACCAUGGCUGAGGCGAAGAGCGAGGCCGCCGGCCGAGGGCGCGCCCAGCAAUCGCUGUCGCUGGAGCCCAGGCUGCAGAAGGAAUUUCAGCGGAAGCUCCACGGGAUGAAGAAGCAGCCGAAGUUUGCAAAGCUGACAUCCGGUGUAAUUUACUUGGGCCACGUGCCCAAUGGAUUCUUUGAACCACAAAUCAGGAAAUACUUCUCUCAAUUUGGAACAGUUCUAAGGCUUCGUCUUUCACGUAGCAAAAAGAGUGGAAACAGCAAAGGAUAUGCUUUUGUGGAGUUUGAGUGUGAUGAAGUUGCCAAAAUUGUUGCAGAAACCAUGAACAACUACUUAUUUGGUGAGAGGCUCUUGAAAUGUCAAGUUCUUCCACCAGAAAAAGUACAUCCACAACUUUUCAAAGGUUGCGACAGAAUUUUUAAAAAGCCUACAAACCCAGCAGUUGCUCGCUACAACAAGAAGCGAAACCCAAAAGAACAGAAAAUUAUGUCACAGAGACUUCUUGAGAAAGAAGGGCGGUUACGGAGAAGGCUUGCUGAGAAAGGAAUUGACUAUGAUUUUCCUGGUUUUGCUGCAGCCAUGCGUCGAAAGAAAAAACAAGUUCCUAAAAAAUUGAAUGACACAGUAAACAGCCAGGAUGCUACUCCCGUUUGCACACCUGCUGUUCUAAAACGACGCCAGUCUUUAAAGGGUCUCAGUGAUACAGAUGAUGAAAUCACAUUCAAAGUACCACCCUCUGAAAAGACUUAUGAAAAGCAAACUGAAUCAACUGUUUCUUUGGCUGAAAAAGUGAAAAAAGCAAAGAAAAUGAAGAAGGUCAAAAGAAAAAAUCCAGGCAAAUGAAAAGAAUUUGUGAACAAAGAACCCAGAGAGACCUAACAACAGUAUAUUGAGAACAUUGAUGCCUCAUUUUGUGGAAAGUGCUAUUGAAACUUUUGAUGAAUCAUGAAGACAAUUCCGUAAGGUGCCUUUGCUGUGUUGUUUCUUGUGCUCAGAAAGUUAAAAGUUGUACAUUUUAAGUUUUUUAGUUUAAUUUUGUACCUCAUCCCCCAAAAUUCAAGUGGCUUAAAUAUUUUGUACAGUGAUCAAUUCAAAAUAAAUGUUUUUUCACCCA